AUGGCAGAUCUGCUUUAUAGCCCUGGUACGCUGCUGUGCACCUGUUCCUGCCCUGAAAGCCCCAGACGGGUUCUUUGGCUGCCCUACGGCCAGAUGGCGAGCGCCCUGCUCCUGCUGCUGCUGCUCUCCCUCGCCUCAGCCCGGUCGUUUUCUCACCAGCGAGGCAUCAUCUUAAAUUUGGACAAUGGGGAGCUGUGUCUGCAAAGUGCUCAGUGCAAGAGCAGCUGUUGCCACAAGACUGGCGUGUUAAGCCUGGCUCGUUGUGCGAACCGAGCAGCCGAGAAUCAGGAGUGUUCCCCCAAGAGCAUCUAUGGGGUUUACUACAAGUGUCCCUGUGAGAAUGGCUUAACCUGCGAGGCCGAUAAGAGCAUCGUGGGAUCCAUCACCAACACCAACUACGGCAUCUGCCAGGAUCCUGGGAGCUCGUCCAAGUAA